AUGGGCCUGAUCUGGCUUCUGCUGCUCAGCUUGCUGGAACCCGGCUGGCCCGCGACGGGGCCCGGGACGCGGCUGCGGCGCGAUGCGGGCGGCCGUGGCGGCGUCUACGAGCACCUCGGCGGGGCGCCCCGGCGCCGCAAGCUCUACUGCGCCACCAAGUACCACCUCCAGCUGCACCCGAGCGGCCGCGUGAACGGCAGCCUGGAGAACAGCGCCUACAGCAUCCUGGAGAUUACUGCGGUGGAAGUGGGCGUGGUGGCCAUCAAAGGGCUGUUCUCUGGGCGGUACCUGGCCAUGAACAAGAGAGGACGGCUGUACGCUUCGGAGCACUACAACGCAGAGUGCGAGUUCGUGGAGCGGAUCCAUGAGCUGGGCUACAAUACGUAUGCCUCCCGCCUGUAUCGCACAGGGCCCAGCGGGCCGGGGGCCCGGCGGCAGCCUGGUGCCCAGAGACCUUGGUAUGUGUCUGUGAAUGGCAAGGGUCGGCCACGCAGAGGCUUCAAGACCCGCCGCACACAGAAGUCCUCGCUCUUCCUGCCCCGAGUGCUGGGCCACAAGGACCAUGAGAUGGUGCGGCUGCUGCAGAGCAGCCAGCCACGAGCCCCAGGAGAGGGCAGCCAGCCCAGACAACGGCGGCAGAAGAAGCAGAGCCCAGGAGACCAUGGCAAGACGGAACCCUUGUCUCCUAGGGCCACUCCAGGCACCCAUCGGGAGACAGGCGAACUGGCUGUGGCCUGA